GACUAACCUGCACGGCUACUAUAAAUACGAAAGGGGAAAGCCGAAAGAGGAAGAAAGUCUGCUCUCACGUGACAACAGCCGCUGCUGCUACGACGUAACUUGGGGAAGGAAGUGCGGUCGUGUCGGGACUGAGUUGGAAAGAAAGCAAAAGUCUGAGGAUGUUGCUGUGGGUGCUGGCUGUGCUGCUUCUGCUCUUCAGCUGUCUGGAUGUGUGGUACUUCCUGCGAGUGGUGGUGGUGGUGCUCAGGGCCUGGUUCCAGCCCCCGGUUUGGGACGUCCUGGCAGAGCAGAGCGUGGGGGGGCGAGUGCUCCCCCACGACAUAGACAUGGGUCACAUGAACAACGCCCGUUACCUCCGGGAGUGUGACUUCGCCCGAUUUGCCCUUUACACCCGAAACGGCGUGUUCAAGGCUACCCGGGCCCUGGGGGCCUCCUUAGUGGUGGGGGCGUCGACCAUCCGCUACCGACGCUCGCUGUCAUUGGGCGAGGCCUUCGAGCUGCGCAGCCGCAUCGUCGCCUGGGACGACAAGUCCUUUUACGUGGAGCAGCGGUUCGUCUCCCGCGCAGACGGAGUGGUCUCUGCGGUCAUGCUGUGCAGACAGAAUGUCCAGCGCGGCAGCCCCGACAAGCUCUUACAGUACCUGUGCAAGAGGAAGGUGGAGUGCCCUGAGUACCCAGAGGAGCUCCAACACUGGAUCAGCUUCAUCAAUGCCAGCAGCCAGGCCCUGAGAGCAGAGAACAACACGGAGGAGAAGAGCAAGUGAAGGAUAAUCACUCUAUCUCUUUCUCUCUCUCUCUCUCACUCUGUACAUUAUGUGCUGUUUAAUUAACUCUUUGAAGAGUAGAUUUUUCUGCAAUGUGUUUUGAAAUUCUAUGUCAGUGUACUCGGACUCUGUUGCUUUCAAUUACUGGCAGUGGUUGUUACAUCAGCAUUAGAAUGUUCAGUUAAGAACAUUCUAACCACGUACUUGAUUUUGCGUGUUAAAGGGUUAAAUAGCAGUGAAAGACGAACAAAUACCCCUCCCCCAGUAAACUCUUUGUCUGUACCCAACACCCCCCCCACACACACACACACACACGCACAGCAGAAGCAUUGUCUGAACACUCAUCCUUCACCCUCAGUCUUUUUCUAUUGUUGAUAAAGAGCCUCCGUAGGAACAGAACACUGCCACCCAGUGGUGGAAAAAGGUAACUUGGUAAAAUGUUACAUCGUUUUUGCAUUUUGCGUAGUAAUAAUAAUGGGAAAAAAUACUUCAGACAUGAAUGUGUUUUGUAAAUGCGCUUGGAAUAAAGUUAUUUAAUAAAAA